AUGUCGCCACAGGAGCACUUGAUGCAUCAGGCCCAAGAUGCUCGAGAACUCCCUGAGGCCAACAACAAGAUCGCCACCACGCCAGAUUACCACGCGUACACAUAUGAGUUCCUCAGCGAGCUCGGCGAUGAACACAAUCUGGGUUGCAAAUGCUGCCGCUUCACGUAUGGGAAAGAUCUGCCGGUACCAAAGAAGCUCGGCACUGAAGAGACGCGUUCUGCUGCGCGUCACUUUACGAUCUCGAUCUUCAAGGACUGGACUCAGCUGAACGCCAUCAUCAAGAGAUUCGAGGCUACAAUUCAGAAGAGAUGGAUGAAGAAGAGCGUCAAGCAGAGACGGGAGAUUUUGCUCAAAGCCUGGCCUGGAAUGUCUCAGACCCACAGACCGGACUUCGAAAACAUGCGGUCGAUAAAGAAGCAGGCUCCUCGCACACGAACAUGUCGGACUGAAGCAUAUCUCUGGCCACAGAUCAAUCUCGAAGAUCUGCAAUCGCGGAAUCUGCUGCUCCAUUUCCUCAACUCGCGCGGCCGCAAUCUACCUGACACCUUCCGCAUUGCGGACGCCAAGGCCGCGCAUUUGGGAGAUGGCUGGAAUCGGUCUCUCGACUAUGAGCAGUACUUUGAGGACUACUGCUGCGAAUUCCACUACUAUGAAGAUCAUGACCAUGAGGGUGAAAAGCUCUGCUUACUAUUCGAAGAGAAAUGCUCACCUUCACGCUACGGUCAAGUCAUCACCAAUCAUAUCAAGGAGCUCCUGCCAUGUCAAUUCAAGUUCCUCCGACGAUCGAACGAAGGCCUGCUGUCUCUCGAAAUCCAACAAGGUAUCUACCGGUUUCUGCUGUCCUGUGCGAAGCACAUUCUUCACGAUGUUGCACCUGCCCAGUUCUUCCUUGCUCCUUCCAUGCCAGAGCCAGCGGUCCCGGAGACACGAUCAAGCGAAUACCAUUCCUUUUCCGCUCACUCGCUCGAGGAAUGUUACAAAGUGCCUCAGAAGCUGGACUUGCAUCGCUUACGCCUUUUGGUUGACAGCCGCCGUGCUUCGGCGGAAGAUCAUGUGUGGUUACUGAAAGAGGACCCUGCCUACUUGAUGGAUGUGCUGCGAGAAUGGAAGGAGCACGGAGUCAGUCAUGACGAUCGCCUCUGCAAUUGCAAAGACUGCUGGAAUACAUGCGCGGGCAUUGCUCUCACUUACUCGCUCGAGGUAUAUGUCUUUUGGGACGACCUCUAUCGGAAACUGAAGGCCAUGCCAGAGAUCGACGUACAGCUCGCCCGCGCUGACAACGAGCGUGUCAAACUCUCUCGUCAGGACGAAGAUCGAUGGUCAGCGCUGAUGGAUGUAGUGUGGCAUUUGGUUGUGCAGCCUAUCUCUCACCUGGAAUCGGGCAUUCCAUGCUCGCCUCGUCUUAGGCACCGGUACUCUUAUAGCGCGGACCAAGAGAGGAAGGAGCGAUGGCAGUUGAGGGCCAGCGCUUCGGGCGCCGAACGACGUAUUGAUCAGCUCUGGUACUCGAUUUGUCGCGAAGAGCAACGCGAUAGACACGGCUUGUUGGGUCUCAUCCAAGAGUUUCAGUACAUGCUAGACACCGAUGCCGAAGCUGCCCAGUACAUCGACCCCUGGCUGACCACUCACUUCUCCGACAUUGCCCUCUGCGCGGAGCUCAUGCAUUCGGUUGAUGCGCUGGCACCAUGGCUCGAUGAGAACAAGACAGCCAUGCUACGUUUCCGUCCCUCUGUGGCGAAGCAGGUUCAGAAAUCGAGUACCUUGCAAUCCAAGCUUCGACUCGGCAUCCACCGCGUAGCAUCCGGCGACUACCUCGUCUGGGAUCCUACGAAGAAGGGAUGGUUUGAAUAUCCCAUCGACAAGACCUCGAGCCAGGCGAACAACUAUCAAAUGCGCCUCGCAGAGCUUCGUCUCGAUAAAUUUUGGAAGAGGCUGGAGGGAUGCUUGGCAGAAGUCGAGGCCAUCAGUAUUGACAACAUGAUCAAGUGUCGCUUGUCCCAGCCACGCACGCUCUUCCGAACAGCUCCAUGGGUCGAGCCACCUGUCACAAUACCCACACCGCCACCUUCUCCCAAUGAGAAGAGAAGACGAUCGGGGCCGCUGUGCGAGAUCGACAGCAACAUUCAGCAUGGAUCCAACGUAACUCUUGCCAAGAAAGAUCUGAUCAAAGCGCACCCGAAAGACAAGAAGAAGACGAGAGGCACCCCGGCUGCUCAAGACCCGCGUCUGCCUGCUCAACAUCUUCCCGUAGUGCCGAAAAUGGACAGGGUCGCCGUACCUAAGCGAGCAUACAAGACGCUUUCGACUUUGCUGCCUUCGCCUGCUGAGGCACAACAGCCUCGGCCAGAGCUGGCAUGGGAGGAGAUUCUGUUUGCAUUCAACGCCAUCGGUCUUCAGCCCACAAAGCUCUACGGCUCAGCUUGGAUCUUUAGCCCGGUCCCCAAAGGUGAGAUUCGCGGCAUCGAUCGAGAUGGUGUUAUAACUGUUGGCAAGAUGGAUCUUGGGCGUAGCAUUCAAUUCCAUGAGCCAAAAGAGGUGAGAAGAGGCCAGAAAGUACCGCGGGGCAUGGUGCGGACUUUCGGACGCAGGCUGAAACACGCCUUUGGAUGGGAACAUGCUGAGCAGCUGUUCGAAAGUGAAUGAUGCUGCGGGAGACUGACUCCGAUAGGUCCUGUUUGAGCUAUCAGCUCCGCUUCACUGCCAGGGCCACGCAAUUGAAUUUCCCAGGAGGCUCGCAGCAUGUUCAUCGCUGAACGAAGUAUGCAAGAACCGCAUGUCCGGGCUGAUACUUCUUGGCAGCAACUAUUUCGCUAUGUGGUCAGACGCGCGGCAAAGGAUGGGAUGCCUUAAUUUGCAUGUAAUUAGCAUCAGCGGCUUUACUAACUGGCGGCUUUGCACAAAACAACAGCCGUUUGCUCAUGUCAUGAUGAGGGGCCAUGAAGGAGGCUGUGCAUUCGCUAAGGCACACCUUUAUGUUGGAGCCUGCUUUAGUGGAAUCCGGCAAGGCAUCAACAUGAUGAGAACAAAGACGAAAGCAUAAUUAAUCACCAUGUC